UACUUGACCCCUUCCCUCUCUCUUUCUUUCUCUUUAGACCAAACUGACGAUCCAAAACCCAUAUCCCCCCAUAACUUGUUUUCUUCUCAUCUUCUUCUUCUUUCUUCUCUCUGCUUCUCUCCCAAACCGUCAACAAGAACACCAAGAAACCAUACCAAAAUUAACCCUUUCCUUUACCCACAAGAUUGAAGAAGCAUGCCAAUUUCAGCUCCAAUUUUGUGGGUGUCACCACAAAUCUGCUGCUUUCUGCUCAAGCCUGGUUCACUGAACAAGAUGAAGAAGAAUUAAAGCAACCCACAGAAAAAAAGAGAGAGACACAGACACCCAAGAAAGAAAAAGAAAGUAAAGAAGGUGAAAAAAGAGCAUAAAAAUUUGAUAUGGACACCCAUUCUCUCCCUCCUCCUUUCCAUACAAGAGAUUUCCACCUGCAGCAUCAUCCCCAGUUCCACCACCACCAGCAGCAGAAUUCGGAAGACGAGCAAACCGGCAGCAGCGGCCUCAACAACAAGGGCCAGAAAAGAGAGCGAGAUAUUGACAAUGACAGCGGCGGCAAUGGCGGCGAUUUAGGCAAAGAACUCAAUGUCACCAUCUCCGGCGGUGAUGGAUCAGAAAUGACCCGAAGACCCCGCGGAAGACCCGCCGGAUCCAAGAACAAGCCCAAGCCCCCCAUCAUCAUCACCCGCGACAGCGCCAACGCGCUCCGCACCCACGUCAUGGAGGUUGCCGACGGCUGCGACAUAGUGGAGAGUGUUGCCACCUUUGCUCGCAGGCGCCAGAGAGGUGUCUGCAUUAUGAGCGGGACGGGCACCGUCACGAAUGUGACAAUCAGACAGCCCGCCUCUCCCGGGUCCAUCGUGACUUUACAUGGCCGAUUCGAGAUCUUGUCACUGGCCGGGUCUUUUCUACCUCCGCCAGCCCCGCCUGCCGCGACGGGGUUGACCAUAUAUCUGGCAGGCGGGGGCGGGCAAGUUGUAGGUGGAAGUGUUGUUGGGACGCUAAUUGCGUCCGGGCCUGUUGUGAUCAUGGCGGCUUCGUUUAGCAACGCGGCAUAUGAGCGGCUUCCUCUGGAGGAAGACGAGGGUCAGCUGCCAAUGCAAGGUGGCGGCGGAGGUAGCCUUGGCUCUCCAAGCGGAGUUGGUCAUCAGCAACAGCAGCAACAUCAACAGCAACAACAACAGCAACAACUUUUGGCUGAAGCUGCAAAUACAAAUGCGCCUCUUUUUCAUGGUUUACCUCCCAAUCUCCUGAAUUCCAUGCAAUUGCCAGCUGAGGCGGCCUACUGGGCUACCGGCCGCCCACCAUACUAACCAUGGAACCCGCCGUAUCGGUAUCAGAUCAUAUCACGAGUUCAUUCACUUUGCCAUCAUCACCUACAUCUUACCAAGAUGUUUUCAUCACCUGCUAUGUAGCUAGGGAGUAGCUAGCUAUAUGGAUAGAAGAAGAAUUUGGUUUGUCGAUCAGCAUUUCAGAUUUUUAGUAUGUUUCCUUCUUUUUUUUUUUUUUUUU